AUGGGGUCCAACGGCGGCGAGACGUUGGCCGACGCGGAGCGCUCGGCAAAGGGCCAACUGGAACAUGACGACACCGAGUGGUCCAUGAAGCCGGAGCUCGUCGCCUUCCGCCAACGAGACGACGACUCCGGAUUCCCCUCUCGCGAGCUCGGCGUGACCUGGAAGGGGCUCACCGUCGAGGCCGUCAGCGCCGAUGCCGCCAUGCACGAAAAUGUCCUAUCGCAGUUCAACAUCCCUCAGCUCGUUCGGGAGUCGCGCAGCAAGGCACCGCUGAAGAAGAUCCUCGACAACUGCCACGGAUGCGUCAAGCCUGGCGAGAUGCUCCUCGUCCUCGGUCGCCCCGGCUCCGGAUGCACGACCCUGCUCAACAUGUUGGCCAACAAGCGAAAGGGUUACGCGCACGUCUCCGGCGACGUCCACUACGGCUCGAUGGCCGCCGACGAGGCCCGCCAGUACAGGGGACAGGUUGUCAUGAACACCGAGGAUGAGCUUUUCUUUCCCUCCCUCACGGUCGGACAGACGAUGGACUUUGCCACUCGGCUCAAGGUCCCUUUCCGCCUUCCCGACGGCGUCAAGUCGCACGAGGCACACCGCACCGACGCGCGAGACUUUCUGCUCCGGUCCAUGGCCAUCGAGCACACUCUCGACACCAAGGUCGGCAACGCCUUCGUACGCGGCGUCUCGGGCGGUGAGAGGAAACGCGUGUCCAUUGUCGAAUGCAUGGCCUCGCGCGGAAGCGUCUUCUGCUGGGACAACUCCACCCGAGGCCUCGAUGCCAGCACCGCUCUCGAGUAUGCCAAGGCCAUUCGGGCAAUGACCGACGUCCUCGGGCUCGCUUCCAUCGUCACCCUAUACCAAGCCGGCAACGGUAUAUAUCAACUCUUCGACAAGGUCCUCGUGCUGGACGAGGGGAAGGAGAUCUACUACGGCACCAGGAGUGAAGCUCGACCGUUCAUGGAGAAGCUGGGCUUCGUCUGCCACGACGGCGCCAACGUGGCCGACUUCCUCACCGGCGUCACCGUGCCGACGGAACGGAGGGUUCGACCCGAGAUGAGCCAAAAGUUCCCCCGCAACGCCGACGCCAUCCGCACCGAGUACGAAAGGUCUCCGAUGCACGAGAUGAUGAGUGAGCAGUACAGCUAUCCCUUCUCGGACGAGGCCAAGCAGAAGACGGUCAUUUUCCAGGAAGGCAUCGCCAUGGAGCGAGACAAGAGGCUGCCGUCGAGCAGUCCGCAUACCGUCGGUUUCGCCGCCCAAGUGAAGGCGUGCGUCGAGCGGCAGUACCAGAUCCUCUGGGGCGACAAGGCCACCUUUCUCAUCAAGCAGAUCUCGACCGUCGUCCAGGCUCUCAUCGCGGGAUCGCUCUUCUAUCAGGCGCCGGCGACGUCGGCCGGCCUGUUCCUAAAGUCCGGCGCCUGCUUCUUCGCGCUGCUCUUCAACAGCUUGCUCUCCAUGUCCGAGGUGACCGACUCCUUUACCGGACGACCUGUGCUGCUCAAGCACAAAGCCUUUGCCUUUUUCCACCCGGCCGCCUUUUGCAUCGCGCAGAUUGCCGCCGACAUUCCGGUCCUGCUCUUUCAGGUCUCCAUAUUUUCCGUCAUCCUCUACUUUAUGGUUGGCUUGACGGCCGACGCGGCGACCUUUUUUACCUUUUGGAUCAUCGUGCUGACGACGACCUUUUGCAUGACGGCCCUGUUCAGAGCCAUAGGCGCCUCGUUCAGGACCUUUGACAGCGCCUCCAAGGUGUCGGGCUUCAUCAUCGCCGCCUCCAUCAUGUACACGGGCUACAUGAUCGUGAAGCCCAAGAUGCAUCCCUGGUUCGUCUGGAUCUUUUGGAUCGACCCCCUGGCGUAUGCCUUUGACGCUCUGCUGUCCAACGAGUUCCACGGCAAAGUUAUAGCCUGCGUCGGCAACAACCUGAUACCCAACGGCCCGGGCUUCACCUCCUCGGACGGCGGCGGCCACCAGGCGUGCGCCGGCGUCGGCGGCGCCGUGCCUGGCCAGACGCAUGUCGACGGAGACAUGUACCUCGCCGCGCUGUCGUACAGCCACGAGCACCUGUGGCGGAACGUGGGCAUCGUGUGGGCGUGGUGGGCGCUCUUCGUCGCCAUCACCGUCUGGUCCACCUCCCGCUGGCGGUUGUCGUCGGAGAACGGGCCGAGCCUGCUGAUCCCGCGGGAGAAUGCGGCCCGGCGUCUGCUUGGCCAUCGCCGUCAGGAUGACGAGGAGGGCCAAGGUGCCCGGAAGGGGCUCGGGGCGAACUCGAGCUCGCCGUCGGAGGGCAACUCGGGCGACGACGAGAAGCGGGAGCAGACGGCGAGCAUCACGCGCAACACGUCGGUGUUUACGUGGAAGAACCUCUCGUACACGGUCAAGACGUCGUCGGGCGAUCGCCUCCUGCUCGACAACAUCCAGGGCUGGGUCAAGCCGGGCAGCCUCACGGCCCUCAUGGGCAGCUCCGGCGCGGGCAAGACGACGCUGCUCGACGUUCUGGCCCAGCGAAAGACCGAGGGCACCAUCCGCGGCUCCAUCAUGGUCGACGGCCGACCCCUGCCCGUGUCGUUCCAGCGAUCGGCCGGCUACUGCGAGCAGCUCGACGUGCACGAGGCGUACGCGACGGUCCGGGAGGCGCUCGAGUUCUCGGCCCUCCUGCGCCAGGGCCGAGAGGUGCCGCGGCGGGAGAAGCUGGCGUACGUCGAUAGCAUCAUCGACCUACUCGAGCUCCACGACCUCGCCGACACGCUCAUCGGCGAGGUCGGGGCCGGGCUGAGCGUCGAGCAGCGGAAGCGUGUGACCAUUGGCGUCGAGCUCGUGGCGAAGCCGAGCAUCCUCAUCUUCCUCGACGAGCCGACGUCGGGCCUCGACGGCCAGUCGGCCUUCCACACGGUCCAUUUCCUGCGCAAGCUCGCGGCGGUCGGCCAGGCGGUGCUCGUGACGAUCCACCAGCCGUCGGCCCAGCUGUUUGCCGAGUUCGACCGGUUGCUGCUGCUCGCCAAGGGCGGCAAGACGGUGUACUUUGGCGACAUCGGCGACCAGGCCGAGACGGUCAAGGAGUACUUUGGUCGCUUCGGCGCCGCCUGCCCGGCCGAGGUGAACCCGGCCGAGCACAUGAUCGACGUCGUCUCGGGACACCUCUCGCAGGGCAAGGAUUGGAACGAGGUCUGGCUGGCGUCGGCCGAGCACGGCGAGGUCAGCGCCGAGCUCGAGCGCAUCAUCGACGAGGCGGCGUCCAAGCCGGCCGGCACGGUCGACGACGGGCACGAGUUCGCGACGACGCUCUGGGAGCAGGUCAAGCUCGUGACGGAGAGGAUGAACGUGUCCCUCUACCGCAACCGGGACUACGUCAACAACAAGAUGGCGCUGCACAUCUUCUCGGCCCUCUUCAACGGCUUCUCCUUCUGGAUGGCGGGCGACUCGGUCAGCGACCUGCAGCUCAAGCUCUUCACCGUCUUCAACUUCAUCUUCGUCGCCCCGGGCGUGCUCGCCCAGCUGCAGCCGCUCUUCAUCCACCGGCGCGACAUCUUCGAGGCGCGCGAGAAGAAGAGCAAGAUGUAUUCGUGGGUCGCCUUCGUGACGGGCCUCAUCGUGUCGGAGAUGCCCUAUCUCAUCAUCUGCGGGGUCCUGUACUUUGUCUGCUGGUACUACACCGUCGGCUUCCCGGCGGCGCCGUCGCGCGCCGGCGCCGUCUUCUUCGUCAUGCUGAUGUACGAGUUCCUCUACACCGGCAUCGGCCAGUUCUUGGCCGCCUACGCGCCCAACGAGGUGUUUGCCGCGCUCGUCAACCCGCUGCUGCUCGGCAUCCUCGUCUCCUUCUGCGGCGUGCUCGUGCCCUACCAGCAGAUACAGGCGUUCUGGCGGUACUGGAUCUACUACCUCAACCCCUUCAACUACCUCAUGGGCAGCAUGCUCGUCUUUGGCCUUUGGGGCGCCAACGUCGACUGCGCCGAGGGCGAGUUUGCCGUCUUCAAUCCGCCCAACGGCACCUCGUGCGGCGCCUACCUCUCGCGUUACUUCACUCAGGGGCUAGGGGCCGCCGGCAACCUCGUCAACCCGGGCGCGACGUCCGGCUGCCGGGUGUGCCCGUUCACAAAGGCCGAGGACUACCUGCGAGGCCUGAACCUGACGGAGUACUACUACGGUUGGCGGGACGCGGCCAUUGUCGUGCUCAUGGUCUUCAGCUCGUACGCGCUUGUGUACGGGCUGAUGAAGCUGCGGACCAAGACGUCCAAGAAGGCCGAGUAG